GGAUUUAUAAAUGGAUAGUGUGGAUCCACUUUUCCUCGUCUCGCGUCGGCAUCGGUUUGCAAGCGCUCGACGUUCCUUGGCCUCUCGUGGCGUCAUCAUGAAUUCUGAGGACCCAAGUCUAUCAAGUAUGUCUGAGGAGGAGCAGAAGUCAGGAGGUCAGGAACCAGCUAGAUCAAGAUCAAAAGAGCGAAAACACAAGCACAGGAAGAAGCAUAAGAGACAUUCUCACAAGCAUAAACAUAGGCACAAGUCUUCGUCCAGAAAAGAAAGGAAGCACAAAAAACAUCGUUCCAAACAUAGACACAAGGACUCCGAGAGUGAGAGUUCUGCAUCUGAAGAUGGAAGCGAUCUACAACUAGUGGAUGAACUUCUAGAGUCUGGCCUGGAGGCGGUGAAUAACCCUGGAACUCAGGCCCGUGAAAGAGGAAGAGAUGUAGAAAUUCUGAGAGCUUCAGCUGGGAACGGCAUUGUAGAGUCUAUGAAAAUUGUAGUCAAUAAUCACAAUGGCAGUAAAGAGGAACCAGUAACUGUUUCAAGUAGUGAAGAUGAUGUAGUGCAAGCAAGUGAAGAUAACUCAAGAGAAGCAUCAAGAAAAGCUGAAGAGUUCUGCCUAGAUUCUUCAGAUUUCCUCCACAUUGAUGAAGACCUAAACCUAGAAGAGCUUAUGAAGCAGAAGGCAGCACUACAGGCUUGCUUAGGAGCUUAUAUGAGUGAUGUGGAGGAAGAGGAGGAGCCAAAGCAAGCACCAGCAGUUGUUGUAAAGCCAGAAUGUGACGUUGUGACAAUUGAAGAUUCAGAUGAUGGCCAGUCCAAGAAAAAGGAGAAGCGGAGGGAGAAGGAGUCCAGGCCCAAAAAGCGGAAAAGAAGCAG